UUAGUUUGCCAGACUGACAGAGAAUAUUUUUAUUGAGAAAUUUGAAAGAAUAAUCUUGAGAAAGAUAAACGGCUAUUCUCUUCCCGAUCUAUGUUACAGGCAGUUGAGGGCAGAAAUGACACUAGUCACCAGAAAGCCAACGAACUCCUGGAGUUCCUUCUCCAAGCAGACAUUGUUAAAUUCGUCCAUUUCUUGGUGGAUGUCAUUAAUGUCCUUAGCAUUCUUUCCCAUGUCAAUCAGAACAGAAACUCUUCCAUUGCUGAUGUAUUUGCCUCAUUAGAGUCAACACUGGAAAUGCUCAGAAUGUAUAAAACAAGACCAGGACCAAAGGAACGUCAGGUAGAUUCAGCCACACACUUUCAUGGUAACUGCCUGGGAGGAAAGGGAAACAUUUCUGAUGUGAGAAGCACGGUCUUAACACAUCUUGUCAAGAGGCUGCAAGGUUGUUUCAGAGAUGCCAGCCAAGAUGUGGUGAAGGCUACUGUGAUUGGAAGCUUUAAACUGUGGCCCACAAAGAUAAAUCAAGAAUUUGGAGAAAAAGAGGUAUCCAUCUUGACUGCCCACUAUGAACCACUACUGGAAGCUGCCAAUGUGGAAAUCGAUCAAGUGGACACUGAAUGGAGCAUGUUGAAAUUAGAGAUUUAUGCUAGAUUUCAGAACAUCUGCAAAUUGACCUGGGAUUUUGUGAAUUCUGUUUACUUGCACAAAUAUCCAAAUAUCCUGACAUUAGUGGACCUAGUACUGACGCUCCCUGCAAGUUCUGCAGAAGCAGAACGUGGCUUUAGUCAGAUGAAACGUGCCAAAUCACAAAUGCGUGCCACAAUCAAGGCUGAAAGUAUGACGGAUCUCUUGAUAAUUCAGUUGAACUCUCCAGACAUUAAUCACUUUGACCCUAGGAAAGCUAUCCACUUAUGGAAUACAAGAACACCAUCUUCAACUGGUGACACAAGACCUAAUUCCUCUUGUUCAUCAAACUCGGAAAGCCAUUAUGAAAGUGAUUAGUAAUAUGACAAAUGUGGACUUCGUCAUUCAUCAGAGCAAAAACAAAUUCUUUUUAAUCUGAAAUUUAAAAGUAACACAGUAACCAGUCUUCACAUCAAAUGUAAAAGGCAUUUGGCAUCUUACCAGACAAACAAAGCCAAAAUCCAAAGAUUGGUUUUCCUGUACCUUUCUAAGAUCACUUCUACAUCCACACAUUUGUUCACGUUCUAUGGAUGGAGGAGAUCCUUCUAAGCAAUGGUGUCAUUUUGAUGUCAUAUUUUGCAGAGUUAUUACAAAGGGUGUCUAGGCGAUGAUUAUGAUCUGAAUUCCUUUAGGCCUGGCAUACAAUUAACAUCUUUCCUGCAUAAUUCUAAAUGACAGUUGCUUUAGAUAACUAACUUACAGCCAAAUUGAAAAAGGGUAUUUUUUAAAUCAGUGAACACAAUUUCUUUUUUUUUUAAUUUAUUUUGAAAGAGAGAGAGAGAGCAUGCGUGUAAGCAGGGGAGAGGCAAAGAGAGGGGAGAGAGAAUCCUAAGCAGGCUCCGAGCUGUGAGUAUGGAGCUCAACUUUGGGCCCAAAAUCUGAGCUGAAAUCAAGAGUCAGAUGCUUAACCGAAUGAUCUAUCCAGGCACCCCCCAUGAAUAAAAUUUCUAAGUUUA